UCACCUCCACCACCAGAGGUACUUGCUCCCGAAUCUUUAGAGAGGUUGUAGGUGUCUUCCAAGCUUAAGUCCUUAAACCUCAGCUUUCAAGAUGGUCUCUUCUCUCCCCAUUACGGUGACCUUCAUCUUGGUGGUAUUGGUGAGCUGGGUAUUCUCUCAGACGGCGAAAUGUUUCAUAGACUGUAAAGGAUUCAAUGCCGGAGUACAUCAAACUGCAGACCCUCUCGAUUGUCAUAAUUAUUAUAUGUGCACCUCACCGACAACUUAUAAUCCAAAUUCAGUGGCCUGCCCUGACGGACAAGAUUUUAAUAUAGUAAACAAUGUAUGUUCAAAUCAAACUAUGUGUACACCACCAUGUGAGAGGUGCAGCACUAGUUGUUCUCCUGGCUGUAUUAACAGAGCAGCAUUUCCAGGUGAUUGUUCAAGAUAUUAUGAAUGUGAUGGUAAUGGCGGAAUAAUAGGAGGCACACACAUAUGUGGUGUAGACGCUCCAUACUUUGAUGGUUUCACUUGCCAGACAGAUCAACAAAACUGUUGUUCAUGCAAAGCAGAGUGCACCGAACAAGACGUUGAUCCAGUUAGCAUGAUUGCAGACACUGCUAACUGCACAAAUUACUACAUAUGUUAUGUCGUUGGGAUAGCAGACGAGACGUACCACGGACACUGCCCAACUGGCAAUUUUGACCAGCUCAACCAGAAAUGUUCAAAUUCUGCCGACUGUUCAUCUUACUACUGCCAAAACUUAUAUGGCUGUUACGAAGAACUUACAUGUUCAGAAACUGGGUAUUUUCCUAAGUGUAAAAGAGCCUGUGAUCGACAUUAUUUCUACUGCAGUCAAAUUGGUGAACUUGCAGAACUGAUGACUUGCAUAAACUCCCACGUUCUCAAUGUUCUGACAAUGGAGUGCGUAGCCCCAAGUGAAUGCCCAUUUCCUUCGAGAAAUGUUAUGCCAUAACUGUCAUAACUGUCAUAGUCUCCUGAGACUGAUGGAUGCCUACUACUACUUCUAACAGACUAACAUCUUAUUCAUUUCGUAACUCUAUGUAUUUACUAUAGAUAAUAUUCUCUUAACAUUUCUGUUGAGAAAAUGAGGUCAGAAUUUUCUAAUGCAGUGAAAUAGUUUUUUAUUAUUUUCUGAGAUAUUUUCAAGAACUUAAACAAAUAAAGAAAG